AUGGCCGAUACUUACGAUUAUAUCAUCGUUGGUGGAGGCACCGCUGGACUGACGGUUGCAGCUCGCCUCAGCGAGAACCCACAAGUGACAGUCCUGGUCUUGGAAGCUGGUGCGGAUCGCUCUGCCGACCUCAAUGUCUUGGCUCCCGGGCUGUUCCCAGCCAUGUACGGCAACGCCGACUACGACUGGGACUACAAAACAGUUGCCCAGACAUCGGCCAAUGACAAAGUCGUCGCCCAAAUCCGCGGAAAGCAACUGGGCGGCUCCAGCGCCAUGAACUUCAUGUUCUGGACGCACCCUUCCCAGCGAGACAUAGACAAUUGGGGCGCUCUAGGAAAUGACGGGUGCCAGCAGACGAGCAAUCUCUUGCUCGACUACGUUGACCCUAGCGUUCAUGGCACCACCGGACCCAUAGCCAAUGAGUUCCCCCAACUCUACAACCCCUUUCUCAAAGCCUGGCCGCGAACUCUUGAGAAGCUUGGGCUUGGUGUCGACGGCGAUCCUCGCAAUGGCGUGGCUUUGGGAGGCUAUGUCAACUUGCUCAACAUUGACAAGGGCACGAGAAGCUACGCUGCGAACGCUUAUCUUGGUCCGGCACGUCAACGGACCAGCUUGAAGGUGGUCACGGGUGCUUUGGUGACCAAGAUUGUACUGGACAAGACUCGCGAUGAGGUCUUGGUCAAAGGGGUCAAGUGGUCGCAGGAUGGAUUGGAGAAAGAAGCUACCGUUAAGAAGGAGGUGAUCCUCGCCGCUGGUUCCAUUGCUUCGCCACAGCUUCUCGAGGUAUCUGGUGUAGGAGACAAGGAGCUCCUAGGAAGUCACGGAAUCGAGGUUUUCGUUGACAACACUAAUGUCGGCGAGAAUCUUCAGGAUCACAUUUAUGUUCCUCUUGGAUUUGCGGUGAAGCCCGACCUACCUACGAACGAGGACUACGCCAACACAACCUACUUCCAAGAACAGCUUGACUUGUACCUUCACAACAAGACCGGUCGUCUGUCCUCUGCCGGCGCCAGCUCGGCGCUCUUGUCCUUGAAGCAGAUCGCCUCCACUCUGGACCUGUCUCUACCCUCGCCGAAGACUAACCUCCCCGGCCUGGCCGAGCAACACGGCAUCACAUUCCGAGACCUCAAAUCCGAAGCAAUCGCCCAAGAGCUCACAAUCGAGGGCGGUAUCUCACCACAGUACUCCGCUGAUACAACCAAGCUCUUCUCGGCGGGGUCACCUGGCAACUUUCUUUCCAUCAUAGGCGUUCUGGAGCACCCCUUUUCGAGAGGCACGAUCCAUAUCCAGUCCGCCGACGCAGCCGUUCACCCCAUCAUUGACCCACGCUACCUCUCCCAUCCGCUCGACAUACAGCUUUUGAAAGUCAUCGCACUUCAUCUGCAGACCGUCGCCCGGACACAACCGCUGAGCGACCUGCUUCAAGGUGAAGGGACAGUCUUCCAGCCUGGGUACCACGAACUCACAAUCGCAAAUGUGGAGGAGUGGAUCAGGGGCAGUAUGCAGAGCGAAUACCACCCCUGCGGUACAUGCGCCAUGCUGCCUAGGUCAAAGGGUGGUGUGGUCGACGAGAGGUUCAGGGUAUACGGGGUCAAGGGGCUGCGUGUGGCCGACGCCAGUAUCUUCCCGUUGAUUCCGAGAGCCAACAUUCAGUCUGUAGUCUACGCGGUCGCGGAGAGGGCGGCUGAUUUCAUCAAAGAGGAUGCCAUCUGAGGUGCAUUAUCUAAAGUGUUCUAUCUUGCUACCAUCGUAUCUACCAUCGUAUA